AUGAAAGGAUAUCCAUUUAUUUUUUAUAUUUUAUCCGUUGUUUUCUGUGCAAUAUUAGGAAUUGAUUAUGGACAACAAUUCACCAAGGCAGUAUUACUCGCACCAGGUGUACCGUUUGAAAUUGUAUUGACCGAUGAAGGGAAGAGAAAAGACUUAUCAGGUUUAUGCAUUAGAAAAGUAUCGGACAAUGACUUGGAGAGAGUAUACGGAUCUCAAAUGGGUUCCUUGAUAACCAGAUUCCCACACAACUGCAUUUUGGAUUUGAAACAAUUAUUAGGUAAAAGCAUAGAUGACCCUUCGGUGAAUCAAUAUUUGAAAAGUCACUUUGUUAAAUUGAUUGCAGAUGAAACCAGAAAUGGGAUAAAAUUUGAUUUAGGAUUCAGAAACUCAACUUUGGAGUUUUCAGUGGAAGAAAUUUUAGCCAUGAAUUUAAACGAAAUCAAAUCCCGAGCCUUGAAUGAUUUAGAAGCAAAUCCUCAUGCAGCUGCAUUAGUUGAGGAUGUAGCAGUAUCGAUUCCCCCAUUUGCCUCCCAGGCUGUGAGACAAGCAUAUUUGGACUCCUUGGCGUUGGCUAACUUUUCAAACGUUUUGGGAUUAGUUGAAGAAGGUACUUCCGUUGCUUUGAAUUACAUAACGAAUAAGAAAUUGGACAAAGAUCUGUAUGACAAUGUUAAACACUAUUAUUUGAUCUAUGAUGUUGGUGCAGGAUAUACCACCACCACAUUGUUUUCGUUUACACCAAAAUCCAUUGGUCAAUCUGUAUUGGAGAUUGAAAGUAUUGGAUAUGACGAAAUGCUUGGAGGCAAAGCAUUGACUAACAGUGCUUACUCAUUAGUGUUGGAAAAGUUUUUGAAUCAAUUUAAUUUGGAGGAAUCAGAUUUAACUGACAAAAUUGCUGCAAGAUUACAAGAUACUGCAGAAAAAGCAAAGAUUAUUUUAUCAGCCAAUACCGAUUUCCAAACUACUUUAGAGUCUGUUUAUGAGGAGAAAGAUUUCAAAUUAUCGAUCACGAGACAAGAAUUCGAAGAUAUCAAUGCAGAUAUAAUGAGUCACAUUACAGAUCCACUAUUGAAAACUGUAGCGGAAGCUGGGUUGAAGGUGGACGACAUUGAAUAUGUCAUUUUGAAUGGUGGCUCUACUAGAGUUCCUUUUAUUCAAAAACAUAUUGCAACUUUAGUUGGAGAGAACAAAAUCUCUAAAUCAGUCAAUACCGAUGAGAGCUCCGCCUUAGGAACCACCGCAAAAGCUUUAAGAUUAAAGGCAGGUGUCAGCAAUGGCAAAGAUAUAAUAUUGUUAGAGAAAAGCUUUUCAAAUUUUGAAGUGGGAUUAAAUGAUCAAGAAGAAACUAACGUUGUGUUCUACAAAGGAGCUACUAUCGGAAAUACCACAAGAGUCCAUUUAGGAAAAAUAAGUGAGGACAAUAUUGGUAUUUCUUUAUAUGAAAAUGGUGCAUUAAUUAAAUCAUAUUAUUUUGAUGAUCUUUUAUCCAAAACAAAAAAGUUGGAUUGCAAAUCAAAAGAAGAUAAGAAUAUAUUUGGCAAGUUUUCAUUGGAUAAUAAUAAAAUAUUUGACUUGAUUGGGCUUGAAAUUGAAUGCUCUUCUGGAAAGGAAGGAUCGCUUUUUGAUAAAUUGAUGAAGAAAGAUUAUUCUGAUAACAAUCAAGCUUCAGCUGAUCAGGUGGAUUCUAAUACAGACAAUUCCACCAACUCAACCAUAAACACGAAUGCGUCGAAAAAAGUGAAAUCUCCAAAGGUCAUUAAUGUUCUGCUUCCAAAGCCAUCCUACCCUCAUAUAAAACCUAUUGGGAGAAUUACCAAACAAUCCCUAUUGGAUAAAUUGGCAUAUUUGAAUGCCCAGGAUGAACUUAAGAUUGCCACAGACCAUGUCAAGAACGAAUUGGAGGGUCAGUGUUACAAAUUGCGCGAGUUUGUUGAGGGGCAUCAUUCUGAAUUAUUACAGGAAUUGUCCGAGCAAGAGCUCGACGAAGUGACAACCUUUAUCGGUGAUUUAAUCGAGUGGUUGGAUUUUGAAAGUGAUGAUUCUACGUUAGAUGAAUUGAAUUCGAAAGUUGAAGAAGUGAACAACAAGUUUUCUGAAAUGAAAAGAUAUAGCGAAAUUGCAACCACUGAUUUAUCUAAAAAGGGGUUGAAAAAAUUAUACGACGAUAGUUCCAACUUGAUUAUGAAAAUUCAAACAAGUAUGUUGGAGUUUGGGACCAAAAUCUCUGAAGUUCGGAAAAAGUACGAAGAUGCCGGGCUCGAUUUUGAUAAGGCAAAUGAAAGAAUUAUUCAAAAACUCACCGGUAAGGGAGAAGAUAAAUUGUUGUCUUUUGAUAAAACAUUGAAAAGCUAUAAGGAAGUGAUUACAGAAAUUGCCAAAGUAUUAGAGUACGAUGACAAAGACUUUUCCAAAAUUGCCAAAACACAAUUAUAUUCUUAUCACGAGAAAUUAGCAAAAGGUGUUGCUGAUAUGUUUGGUGAUAUUAUAUCAAUUGAAAGUCUCCAUUUAGACAGAAUGGAAUUAUUCGACAAACACUUUGAACAAUUAUUAGAAAGAAGAAAACAGCAGGAACAUAGGAAAAAGCUAAGAGAAGCGCAAAAGGCUGCUAAAGAAGAACAAAAAGAACAGGAAACUAACCCUGAGGAAGUUGAAAUUAUUGAGGAAGACGAUGAAGACGUUGAAGAAACUCCUGAUCAAACAAGAACCGAAGUGUCAUCAGAAGAAAUCAUAGAUUCGGUAGGUGAAGACUCGUCAAACAAGAGUGAGGAGAAACCUGAUGUGGAGCACGAUGAAUUGUAG